AAUAGGUGUUGUUUUAACCAUGAGGUCUGAAACUUGUUUACAUGAUGGUAUCACAGUUUUUAUUUUUUUGUUCGUGAUAGACCUUUUGGUCGAAGUUGUAGAUUUUUUGUUUUAAAACAAGUACGUUACUGGAGUUCUACAUAAAUCUAUUGAUUUUCUUUCACUCUCCGUAGUGUUGUUAACCACUUUGUACGGUCGAUAACUUGAUACCUUUGUGUAUGUCGGUCGUCUUCUUCGUUGUGUGCAUCUCUGCUUAAGUUGAUGAAUAACGUGCGAUGUGUGAUGUUGAAACGACGUUAAGAGCCAUGGCAGAGAACUCAGCAUAUAUAUUCCAACAAGGUUGAUAGCUUAAAUAAAUUGAACAAUUUUGAUAAUUAUUACGAACAUGAUUCAGUUGGGAAAAUGGACAGUCUGAUGAAAAAGGAUUGUGAAGGAAACAUGUAAGUGGGGCAUCUUGUAACUAAUUUAGAUAUAGAAGAAUCAUACCUCCAAAGCAACGGCUGUGGAUUACCACGAUAUAAACUGUAAUUGUGAAGUCCAUUUUUCGGCAGAAUCAAAUUCCUUGCUUUCAUUUUUAGUGAUGAAUCUUCUUAUCACCAGAAAAGUAUAAAAAAAAGGGCAUCUCAACUGCAGAAAAAGAUGUGUCGUCGACAAGAAAAAGCAAGAUAAAAUUCCACAACCUCACUAAAUAAGAAUUCCUCACCAUAAACAAUGUUUUUCCCAUUUCAUAUUCAAACACUGUAAGAAACCAUCGCCAUGAGUGGAAGCUUCCGGAAUUCCCGACAGCCGGAAAGUUGGCCGUCUGGACAGGAGUACUGGAUUUAUCUUCCUGUUAAUCGAUCCGGCUUGCUUCCUCCGAUCAGAUCUCUGAAUCCUAGAGCAGGAACAAGAAAUCCAUGGUUGUUAGUUGAGGAGAGUUUCAUAGGAAGGCAUGAUCAUGGUUUGGCGAGUUUCCCCCCAGCCCAUGCCCAUGCCCAUCCGUCGGUGCCCCUCCGCCUGAUGGAGGAUUCAUAUCCGGCCCCGUUGGAGUCGCCUCCGUGGAACAGGCGAUCGGAGGAAUCGAAGCUGAGCCCAGAAGAGCAGAAGCAGGCAGUGAACAAGCUGAGGAAGCAGCUCUACAGCCCACACAUAUACAACAUAAUCAGGAGGUUAGGCAACAAGUCUUCCAACGACGAGGAAGGUAAAAGGUGUGCGGUGUGCCUGGAAGAUUUCGAGACGAAGCAGUUCGUAACGAUCACUCCGUGCAACCACAUGUUUCAUGAGGAAUGCAUAGUGCCGUGGGUGAAGAGCCAGGGGAAAUGCCCCGUCUGCAGGUUCCUCAUCGUCCAACCGGAGAGGGGCCUCCUCUUUUAGUCAUUUUUAUUGUCUCACCAACAUUAUAUAUGUACUAUAUUUCACUCAUUUAUAAAUAUCCAAUGCUCGAUUGUUAGUAUUA